CUGCUACCUGCCCGCUUGGCGCUGCGACGGACACGCCGAUUGCCCCGCCGGCGGCGACGAGGACGACUGCCCCCCCGUUUCAACAAUGAGUGCAGAACAAGAGGAAGAGUUAAUCGACUGCCUCCCGGAUCAGUUUAAGUGCGGUAGCGUCCCGCGCGAGAGAGUUGCUAGUGGAGAGAGUAGCGAGAGUGGUGGAGAUAGUCCAGCAGGAUGGGAGUGCGUGCCGAUAACAUGGCGCUGCGACGGCCGCCCCGACUGUACCGACGGCUCCGAUGAGGGCCCGCACUGUGAGGCGGUAAUUCGGGGCAGUAACUGCACGUCGUCGCAGUUUGCGUGCCCGGACGGCUCGUGCGUGCCGGCGGCGGCGCGCUGCGACACCAACCGGGACUGUCCGGACGGCGCGGACGAGGCCGCCUGCAGCUGUCCGCCCGAGAACUUCAAGUGUGCGCACUCCGAUACCUGUUUAGAACCGAACCUGUACUGCGACGGCGACGUGGACUGUGACGACGGGUCGGACGAGCCGGCCGGCUGCGGGCCGCCGGUGGCUGCGGGCCCCACGGGCCCCACGGGCCCCGGGGGCCCCGCCGCG